CAACUACCUCCUACUCUUAUCACCUAACUUGGAAAACAUAGAUCACUUAGACGCAUCCAAAAAUGUCCACUCUCAUCGCUACUAAGCGUGUUGACUUGUUGGCGCCUUACAUGGCCCUUCCCCAGGGUACUCGAGUCCAAGCCGAGUACAUCUGGAUCGAUGGCGAUGGUGGUCUCCGAUGCAAGACCAUGACUCUUGAGGCUCCUCCUGCUUCUGUCGCCGACCUGAAAGAAUGGAACUUUGACGGUUCUUCAACCAACCAAGCUCCAGGGGACAACUCUGAUGUUUUCCUCCGCCCCGUUGCCAUGUUCAAAGAUCCAUUCCGUGGCGGUGAAAACAUCCUCGUCCUUUGUGAAUGUUACGAUAACGAUGGUACUCCCAACAAGUCCAACUAUCGUGCUCACUGCAAAAAAGUCAUGGACGCCGCUGCUUCUGAGGAACCGUGGUUUGGUCUCGAACAAGAAUACACCUUGUUCGAUGCCGAUGGUCAAGUUUACGGUUGGCCCAAGAUGGGUUUCCCAGGUCCUCAAGGUCCUUACUACUGUGGCGUAGGUGCCGGUAAAGUGUUCGCUCGUGAUUUCAUCGAAGCUCAUUACCGUGCUUGUCUCUACGCCGGUGUCAAAAUCUCCGGUAUCAACGCAGAAGUCAUGCCUGCUCAAUGGGAAUUCCAAGUCGGUCCUUGUGAAGGUAUCGAUAUGGGUGAUCAUCUUUGGAUGGCACGUUUCCUCCUCCUUCGUAUCGGUGAAGAAUGGGGUAUCAAACCUUCCCUCCACCCUAAACCUCUCCAAGGCGAUUGGAACGGUGCGGGUUGUCACUCCAAUUUCUCCACCAAGGACAUCCGUACUCCUGGAAAGGGAAUGGCUGCUAUCGAUGAUGCCAUCGCGAAGCUCAGCAAGAAACACCUCGAACACAUCGCAGUUUAUGGCGAGGACAACGAAUUGCGUUUGACCGGUAAACAUGAGACUGCAUCCAUCACCAAAUUCUCGGCUGGCGUCGCCCACCGUGGUGCUUCUAUUCGUAUCCCGCGUCACGUCGCCGCCCAGGGCUAUGGAUACAUAGAGGACCGUCGUCCCGCCUCCAACGUAGACCCUUACCGUGUCACCGCCAUCAUCGUUGAGACCACCCUCCUCAACUAGAGUGCUAGGCUCCGGUCAAAUGAUCCCCUCCAUAAUUGUCAUUGUUCCUUGUUCAAACACCGCACUGCGAAUAUUCCCGUAGAUCUAUGUUAGGAAAUGAGAUGAAUGGCGUGACUCUCC